AUGAGCACUUGGAUGUUAUUCGACUCUACGAAAAUAGAUGUCUUCAUAACCAGUUCCUCCGUAGCAUGGUACGAGCAGGAUGGCGAAUCACGUUCUACAAUCGAGCCAAAGGCUCAACACCUCAGCUGCUUUGCAGGAGGAAUGGUUGCCCUCGGAGCAAAAAUGUUUGAACACACGGAAGACAUAUCUGUGGCUCGCAAGUUGGUAGAUGGCUGCAUUUGGGGGUAUGACAGUGCGCCGUUGGGUAUUAUGCCGGAGGUGAUGUAUAUAGUUGCCUGUGAGGAGAAUGAAGAUUACCCGAAGCAAUCGAGUCAAUAUUCAUCCUAUACCGAAUCACCGGUGACCCAAUCUGCUCAGAAAAAAGCAUGGACUAUGUUCAAUAACAUCAUUCAACACACCGUCACAGACAUUGCGCAUGCAGGCCUGGACGACUGCACGAUUCCUCAUCCAUCGGAACAGGAUCGGAUGGAAUCCUUUUGGCUGGCAGAGACUCCGAAGUAUUUUUACCUGAUAUUCUCGGAGCCGGAUGUGGGUAAUUUGGGUGAGUAUGUGUUGAAUACUGAGCGCAUAAAUUACGGAGACCUCACUGAUAGAUUGAAGGUCAUCGUGGUGAUACAUACCUGA